AUGGAUCAUAGAACUCCGAGGGUUUUAUUCAAUGGAACUGAAUACUGGAAAUCUAAGUUUUUUGAGUUGGAAGGAAAUUUUUGGCAAGUUGAAAACCAGAAAUCUGAGUUACAGACAAAGUUUGAGGUAGGUAAAAGUCAGUAUAGUGUGUUACAUUUUGAUUUUGAGAAAAUGAAAAAGGAGUUUGUUGUAGUUAAGAAAAAGGUUGAAACCCUAACUAUGGAAAACAACAUGGUUAAAGAUGAAUUCAAAGAGCGUAAAAGAAUUUGUGAGGAAUUGAACGAGGGGUUCAAGAAGAAGCUUAACGAUUCCGAGGCUCAAGCGGCUUUGAAGGGAAAGUAUGGAGUGGAACUGGUAGAGGUUUAUAGGAAUAAGUACGAUGAGUGUAAAAGAAUGUAUGAGGAAUUGAAUGAGGGUUUCAAGAAGAAGGUUACUGAUCUCGAGACUCAACUGGACUUGAAGUUGAAAAAUGAAGUUGAGAUGGAGGAGAAAUUGGAGACUUAUCGGAGUAAGUACGAUGAUUGUAAAAGAGUGUGUGAAGAAUUGAACGAGGGUUUCAAGAAAAAGGUUACUGAUCUUGAAACUCAACUGGACUUGAAUUUGCAAAAGGAAGUGGAAUUGGAGGAGAAAUUGGAGACUUAUAGGAGUAAGUACGAUGAGUGUGAAGCAUUGAAAGAGGGUUUCAAGAAGAAGGUUACUGAUCUCGAAACUCAACUAGACUGGAAUUUGCAAAAUGAAUUGGAUUUGGAGGAGAAAUUGGAGACUUAUAGGAGAAUCUAUGAUGAGUGUGAAGCAUUGAAAGAGGGUUUCAAGAAGAAGGUUACUGAUCUCGAGACUCAACUGGACUUAAAUUUGCAAAAUGAAGUGGAAAUAGAGGAGAAGUUCGAGACUUAUAGGAGAAAGUAUGAUGAGUUGAGGUUAAAGAAUUGGAGUCUGAUAAAAAGAGAGUAG